CAGUGGCUCCUGCUUUCAGGGUCUUGCCUGAGGUCCUGCCCUGACUUCUCUGGAUGAUGGACCAUGAUCUGGAACUGUGAGGUAACCCACUCAGUGAGACUCGCUGGCUCUCAGAGGUACUUUGUCGUAAAGACAUUUGUCGCUCAAGCUAUCAUUCCUGGAAUCUAAAAGAGAACUACAAGGAAGAGAAACAUUAGAGGCAAAAAUAAAACCCAAGAGGGAAAUAGGGUGGUGAAGCCAGAGGAGUGGAAGGAAGCCAGGGGCGUGGCCACCUCCACCGUGGCGUCAUCAAGAAGUCAUUCUCUUUGGUUCCUGGCUGCCAUGAGGGUGAACACCCUUCUACUCCACACACUCGUGACACUGGGAUGCUCAAUCUUACUUCAGACCCAGGUGACCCUGGAUUGACACCUCAGAAGCAGUGAGAUAAAGAAUCCUAUGUGGGACGUCGAGUUGAAAAGAAUUAAAGGCGUACGAGAAUCACUCCAUCAUCUGAGAGCUUCCUGAGCUGUCACAGAGCUGCUUGGGGAAGAGAUCCACUCUCCCGAAAUCAUGGCUGCCAGAACUCCCCUGCACCCCUCGCCGCUAGUCAGUCUCCUGCUGACUAGGCCUGGCCUGAAACAGAGGCGAGAACAACACCUACCUGAGUUCUCCUCCUUUCUCCUGGAUGCACCAACCUAGCUGGACCAGAGAUCUCCAUGCACGGCACGGCAGCCCACCAUCCUCCUUCCUUUAUACCAUUUCUCCUGGGUGUUUGCCACAGUGACAAGACCUUUGAAUGAGACUGGAACACCAGGGCUUUUCCCACUGCUAUGAUGUGGCAUAGGGGAGACUUUGUACGGAAGUUAAAAGAAGAUAAAGCCCCACAAGUGGAUGUGGACAGAGCAGUAGCUGAGCUCAAGGCCCGGAAGAGGGUUCUGGAAGCAAAGGAGCUGGCGUUGCAGCCCAAAGAUGACAUCGUAGAUAGAGCAAAAAUGGAGGAUACUUUGAAGAGGAGAUUUUUCUACGAUCAAGCUUUUGCUAUUUAUGGAGGUGUCAGUGGUUUGUAUGACUUUGGGCCAGUGGGAUGUGCUUUGAAGAACAAUAUCAUCCAGACCUGGAGGCAGCACUUUAUCCAAGAGGAACAGAUCCUGGAAAUUGACUGCACCAUGCUCACCCCCGAGCCAGUUUUAAAGACCUCUGGCCAUGUAGACAAAUUUGCUGACUUCAUGGUGAAGGACGUGAAGAACGGAGAGUGCUUCCGCGCGGACCACCUGUUGAAAGCUCAUUUACAGAAACUGAUGUCAGAUAAGAAGUGCUCUGCUGAGAAGAAAUCAGAGAUGGAAAGUGUCUUGGCCCAGCUUGAUAACUAUGGACAACAAGAACUGGCGGAUCUUUUUGUGAACUAUAAUGUAAAAUCUCCCACCACUGGCAAUGACCUGUCCCCUCCGGUACCUUUUAACUUAAUGUUCCAGACCUUCAUUGGGCCUGGAGGAAACAUGCCUGGAUAUCUGAGACCAGAAACUGCACAGGGAAUUUUCCUAAAUUUCAAACGACUUUUGGAAUUCAACCAAGGGAAGUUGCCUUUUGCUGCUGCACAGAUUGGAAACUCCUUUAGAAAUGAGAUCUCGCCCCGGUCUGGACUGAUCCGAGUCAGGGAAUUCACAAUGGCAGAGAUCGAGCACUUUGUAGAUCCCACUGAGAAAGACCAUCCCAAGUUCCCGAGCGUGGCCGACCUCUACCUUUAUUUGUACUCUGCCAAAGCCCAGGUCACUGGACAGUCUGCUCGCAAGAUGCGUCUGGGAGAUGCUGUUGAACAGGGUGUGAUUAACAACUCAGUAUUAGGCUAUUUUAUUGGCCGCAUCUACCUCUACCUCACGAAGGUUGGAAUAUCUCCUGAUAAACUCCGCUUCCGACAGCAUAUGGAGAAUGAGAUGGCCCAUUAUGCCUGCGACUGCUGGGAUGCUGAGUCCAAAACGUCCUAUGGCUGGAUCGAGAUUGUUGGAUGUGCUGACCGAUCCUGCUAUGACCUCUCCUGUCAUGCUCGAGCCACCAAAGUCCCGCUGGUGGCUGAGAAGCCCCUGAAAGAGCCCAUAUCAGUUAACGUUGUACAGUUUGAGCCCAACAAGGGAGCCGUGGGCAAGGCGUACAAGAAAGAUGCAAAGCUGGUGCUGGAGUACCUCGGCGCCUGCGAUGAGUGCUACAUUACCGAGAUGGAGCUGCUGCUGAGCGAGAAAGGGGAAUUCACUAUUGAAACUGAAGGAAAAACAUUUCAGUUAACAAAAGACAUGGUCAGUGUGAAGAGAUUCCAGAAAACACUACACGUGGAAGAAGUUGUUCCGAGUGUAAUUGAGCCCUCUUUUGGCCUGGGCAGGAUCAUGUAUACCAUAUUGGAACAUACAUUCCACGUCCGGGAGGGAGAUGAGCAGAGAACGUUCUUCAGUUUCCCUGCUGUGGUUGCUCCAUUCAAAUGUUCUGUCCUUCCACUGAGCCAAAACCAAGAGUUUAUGCCAUUUGUCAAGGAAUUAUCGGAAGCUCUGACUCGAAAUGGCGUGUCUCAUAAAGUUGACGAUUCCUCUGGGUCUAUUGGAAGGCGCUAUGCAAGAACUGAUGAGAUUGGCGUGGCGUUUGGCAUCACCAUUGACUUUGAUACAGUGAACAAGACCCCCCACACUGCAACUCUGAGGGACCGAGACUCCAUGAGACAGAUAAGGGCAGAGGUCUCUGAACUGCCCAGUGUGGUCCGUGAUCUGGCCAAUGGCAACAUCACUUGGGCUGAUGUGGAGGCCAGGUACCCCCUCUUUGAAGGGCAAGAGACUGGCAAGAAGGAGACAGUGGAAGAAUGAGAACAGCUGGCGACUUGUGACAACCUGUGCUAAUAAAUAACUCAUCGUGUCCACUACACAAACGUUUCGACUGCUUCCAGGGACUAUUUUUCCUCAGUGGCUGCUUGAUUUUACCCCCACAAUUAAAGUUGAAGGAAUUCUGAACAAA